UCUUUAUGGUCCCAGCGAGAACUAGAUAGCCAUUUGGGAGGGAGAGCUCUAUGUUCUUCCCAGCGUGAGCGUCAGCGGCAGAGCUGGAGGCCGACUCUCCCGGAGCGCGAGACUUCGCUUUGGAGGGGUGCACGUGUUCGUGCCCUAAAGCUGAUGCGGCUUGCUGCGAGAUCGUCUCUAGGAGGCUGGCCUGCAGUGACCUGCCGUCUCCUCGGUCCCUCUCCCGUUUCCAGAGCUGUGUGGGGUGCUGAGGCUCGGGCAGCAUGACGACGGAGACCUUCGUGAAGGAUAUCAAGCCCGGGCUCAAGAACCUGAACCUCAUCUUCAUUGUGCUGGAGACAGGCCGAGUGACCAAGACAAAGGACGGGCACGAGGUUCGGACCUGCAAAGUGGCAGACAAAACUGGCAGCAUCAAUAUCUCCGUCUGGGACGACGUGGGCAACCUGAUCCAGCCUGGGGAUAUUAUCCGGCUCACCAAAGGGUACGCUUCAGUGUUCAAAGGUUGUCUGACAUUGUACACUGGCCGUGGGGGUGAUCUUCAAAAGAUUGGAGAAUUCUGUAUGGUUUAUUCCGAGGUUCCUAACUUCAGUGAGCCAAAUCCAGAAUACAGUGCCCAGCAGGCACCCAACAAGACGGUGCAGAACGAUAGCAGCCCUACGGCUCCCCAGCCUACCACCGGACCCCCCGCCACUUCUCCAGCCUCUGAGAGCCAGAAUGGGAAUGGACUGAGCACCCCACCAGGUCCUGGUGGUGGCCCACACCCCCCUCACACUCCCCCCCACCCCCCCACCCCCCGAAUUACCCGAAGCCAGCCCAACCACACGCCUGCCGGCCCUCCUGGCCCCUCCAGCAGCCCUGUCAGUAAUGGCAAAGAAACCCGGAGGAGCAGCAAGAGAUAGCAAGACAUUCUUCCUCCCUGCCACCAGCCACAACCCAGGUGUCUGCUAGAGAACACAGCUUUCUACUGGGCUGCUGGCUUUUGGGGGCAGGGGGUGUGUAGGAGUAUUUUAGCCACUAAACUUCACUGGAGGGGUGGUGAGCAGUGGCCUUAUCCGCCCUCAGCCCAUAGUCCCCUCCUUGUCAGCUGAAGCGGCCUGUCCCCUGGGAGUCCGGGCCCUCUGCCUCCCAGCCUUCCUCUUUAGAAAUGACGGUUACAGUCUGAUCCUUGGGUCUGUGAUGUGGAAGUUUAAUUGAAUCCCUCCUUCCUAAUAAAUGUUACCACUCUGUA